AUGUCUUCAAAUACAAAUCUAUCAAUGGCUGAGGUAGAAUCUAAUACUAUUCUAUCAACUGCCGAGAUAGAAUCAUCACUUAGAGAAAAUGAAACUUCCCUGGCUGAAGUUAAUGAACUUUUAGUUUUAAGUCCUGAAGAACCGGAACUCCUUAAUCUUGUUGAAGUACUACAAAAUUUGAUAAAAUUACAACAAAUACAGUUAUUAGAGUCGAAAAAAAAUGAUUUACUUAAGCUUCUUGGUGGUCCUGUUGAAUCGUCUGACCAAAUCAUAGGAGAAAGGUCAAAUUCUGCAGAGGAAUCGAUACAGAGUGAUUCAUUGACUUACGACGAAAGAAUUCCUAUUAAACCCAAUGCAGACGCAGAUUCAGAUUUAAAUAAAUUAAAAGUCGGUGAUAAAUGUUGUGUACCAUUCACUCAUCCGGAAUAUCAGAAAGUAUAUUUUCUUCCCGGGUUAAUACAAAAUAUUAAUUCCGAAACAAAAACUUUUAAUGUUUUAAUUUUAACACCUAUCAUACCUACUCUUCGAAUAUGCGAAGCAUAUAUGUCUAAUAAAUGCAAUCACCAACAACAACAACAAUGUAAACGUUCUCACGGAGAAGAAUUUUCUUCGGAUUUAGUUGUUCCAUAUGAACUUUUAUUUAUCAAUCAAACGAAUGCAUAUAAAAUUGGACGUAAUUUUUGGACAAAGUAUAAUGAUGGCGUGUGGUACAUGGCAAAACUCAUAGGUAUUGAACCGGAAGGUUCGAGUUUUCGAGUGAUCUAUAAAGGUUAUGAGAAUCAAGAUCCACAUGGAGUAGUGGUUGGACCUGAUGAAAUAAUACCAGUUCAAUCACUUGAUGAAGAAGAAGAAAUUGAUUCCGAACAAAAUAAUUAUUCGGAUAAUGAAAGUGAUUUUAGUGAUGAUUUUCUGUCAGAUGAUUCACCACCUUCGCGUGAAGAUUUGAAACUUGACCAUGUAUCAGAUGAUGAGACUAAUAAUAUCGCAGAAUGGGAGAAACAUACAACGGGUGUUGCAAGUCGAAUGAUGAAAAAGAUGGGUUAUAAAAUGGGUGAAGGAUUGGGUAAAAACAAUGAAGGAAUUGUAAACCCAAUUGAAGUCAAAAUUUUUUCUCAAGGUGUUUCCUUGGAUUAUAUUAAUGAAAAAGAUAAACCUAAAUUUAAAAAACAGAAACCGCCAAAAUCACGCGAUAAUAAUCAUAAAAAAGGCAAAAAAAGAUUAACUUCUCAAUCAACACGACCUCACAAACGGGCCAAAUUUAGACCACCCUUUUCUAAUUCAGUUGAUGAUAUUGAGUCUCAAUCAGACGUUUUUGAUUUCUUAAAUGCUACUCUUAACAAAGGGAAAAAGUCUGAAACACAGAACGUGAAUAACGUUGUGAAAAUAUCCUCAACUGUUACAACCUCUGACGAUCGAUCAAAAAAAUCCAAUGAAAUUAAUGCUCACUUGACAUUAUAUCAGAUUCAAAAUCAAUUAAAUCAAACACAGCGGGAACUUAAAAGGGUCAACGAAUCAUUAAAAAGGAACGAAAAGAACCCAAAAAUGGCAAAACAUUUUCGAGAAAAGGUUGCGCAGAUUGAAGUAACUUAUAGAGAAUUGCAAAGAAAAGAAAAAGGAAUCCAAAGUGGUUUAGAUAAAGAAAAAGAUCAAAAAAAUAUUUACACUUAA